AUGCCGUUGAAUUGGCUGAACGUGGCUCAAACCACAUUAGCAAUAGUCUCAGCAAUAGCUGUGAUCUAUCACAUACAUCAGGAGUUGGGUAUAGAUAUUAAUAAUGUUGUUCCCCGAUCCAAUAAUAAAAAGAAAAUCAUUCCAUCAUCUCCAAAGGCAUGUCCUCCAUUAUCACAAGGUGUGGAACUGCUUAUAGGUAAUACCCCUCUUAUAGAGAUCAAAUCUUUAUCUAGAGCUACAGGAUGUAAGAUAUAUGCUAAACUCGAACUCAUCAAUCCAGGUGGCUCAGCUAAAGACAGAGUUGCUCUUGCUAUUAUAAGGCACUAUGAACAAAAUGGUGUAAUCAAACCUCACAGAGAUGAUGUGCUUGUUGAAGGUACUUCUGGAUCCACCGGGAUCUCCUUAGCAUUAUUGGCCAAUGCGAUGGGUUAUAAAUGUCAUAUCUGUCUACCUAACGAUACUUCCAAAGAGAAAUUGGAUUCUCUUACUGCUUUAGGAUGUGUUCUUCAUCCUGUAGACCCCGCCAGUAUAGUGGAUCCCAACCAAUACACAAACGCCGCUCGAAGACAAGCAGAAUCCAUCAACAACGAUCCUAGCAACCCUGCCACGGCUGUUUUCGCCAAUCAAUUUGAAACAGAGUUGAAUUGGAAAGUCCAUUAUGAAUCCACGGGUCCAGAGAUAUAUAAACAGACUAACGGAGGCAUCGAUUACUUUAUUGCUGGACUGGGGACAGGAGGUACUAUAGCUGGGGUUCUGAAGUAUUUAAAGGGUAAAAAUCCUCAUGUGAAAGUUAUUUUGGCUGACCCCCAAGGGAGUGGGUUGGCUAAUAGAGUCAAUUAUGGAGUAAUGUACGAUACUGUGGAAAGAGAAGGAACCAGAAGACGUCAUCAAGUAGACACACUUGUUGAAGGAGUUGGGUUAAAUCGUUUAACUCACAAUUUCACUGUAGCAGAACCAUUCAUAGACAUGGCUUACAAAGUGACAGAUGAAGAAGCAAUUAGAAUGGCCAAAUACCUCUGUGUUCAUGAUGGACUCUUCUGGGGUUCAAGUUCAGCUAUUAAUUGUGUUGCAGCUAUCAAAAUGAUUCAAGAACAAGGUCUAGUGGGUAGAAAAGUUGUCCUUAUAGCAUGUGAUCUGGGUGCUAGGCAUUUAUCAAAGUUUUGGAAAGAAGCAUCUAAAAUAUCAAGUGACAUCACUUUGGACCAAGUAUUUUCAUAA